AUGAAUGCGUCUUGUGCAUUACAACAUUUUUGUGACCUACACGGCCCACAAAUAUUAUUGUGCACAGAAGCUAGAACACAUGUUCAAGAUCCAAACGAUAAUGAUGAUGAAGUUUUAAAAACAGUGUAUUCGCAAUAUAUUAAAUCAGAAAAUCUUCAGGGAAAAGUGGAGUGCAAGUCAUGCACAUUAUCAUCUGAUCAUGUUCUCGUUUCGUCUAUUGAUUCUGUAAAUCAUAUGUUAUAUAUUUCAUCUCCAUCAACACCUAAUCAAGAACUAUUCAAAAAUACACGAAAUGCAUGCAAAUCAGUUGAAGUUGAUGCUCCAGUAAUGUUUGGUGAUGAUGAAAGCGGUUACUGUCUAUCAUUGGCAUUUUCAUGUAAAGAUUUUCAUGCUCGUGGUAGUCAACGUCUUUACUCUUUAUGUUAUUUAUGUAAUGAUAAAUAUCAUCUUCUUUCUCUCAUGAAAGUACUAACUGAAUGUUUGAGACACGCUGUUUAUUGGUUACAAUAUGAUGCAAAUCAAACUUAUGAACAAGAAGGACGUAUUAAAUUAAAUACGAAGUUAAAUGGUUCAUCAACAACAAUUACAACAUAUGUUUUUCGUCCCCCACCUACUGUUCCAUUACAACGAAUGCUAAGUGAUAUUGUACAUGACUCAAAAGUAACCUAUCGUAUACAUGCACUAUUUGUUUGGCUACUUCGAAUAGCUAAUACAGCAAUAAGAGAAACACUUUUUGAUGCUCUACCAACAGAAGAACAAACAACAAAACUAGAACGAAAAGAUGUGUUAGACGAUGAAGAAGUAACUAGUUCCCUGGUUAAACGUCGUCGAACAACAAUUGUAUCCAAAUCUGUAAUAAAUGGUACUGAAAAUUCGGUACUACUAUCAUCAACAUUAACAAAUAAUUCAGAAUGUCUAAGUUAUUUAGCUGCAUCACUUUAUUCAAAUUUUGAUGCUUAUCAUCAAAAUGAAAAUUUUCUAGAAGAGGAAGAUGAUUUCGAUUCGCUUCAAUAUAAUUAUUCAUCGAAUAGCCACGAAGCAUUUAAAUUAUAUGAAUUAUUUAUCAAAAAAUUAAAUAAUGCAAAAUAUUUACAACAUAUUCUACAUAAUUGGGUUAUCGGAAAUCGAUUAAUUAUCAAAUAUACCAAUAGAACGGAUAAUAAAGACUUAGUUCGUGCUUUAGCAAGUGUUUUUCGAUUACUUUUGCCUGAUGGCUGUUUUAAUUUAAUUGAAGUUACAAAUAAAAUAGUACCAUGUACAGCAAAUUUAGUUUUGUUUGAUACUGAUUUAGUAUUAACAAAAGAGGUAUUAUCAUCGAUAACAGAAGACUUUAACGAUAGUAAUUCAAUUGUUGUAAAAAUUAUCCUUGAUGAUAUUGAUGAUAAUCUACGUGUUGUUAAAUUAGAAUCAGUACCACCUUCAAGAUCCGAGAAUCAUGCGCCUAGAUAUGUAAAAACAAUUCUUGGUUUAACAACAGAUAAUAUUUUGGAUGAAGAAGCAUUUGAAUCUAUUAUUAUACAUAAUAAAAUUAAAUAUUUAAACAAAGCAAAAGUUUACUUUCAAUUUGGCCGAUGUCAAACAGCGACAACAGUAUCAUCUAACGAUUGCCGACUAAUGUCAAUAUUUAAUGUUGAAAAUGCGAGUGAUUUGGCAAUGAUACGGUUUUGGCAAAAAGGACUGUCACAAGCCUAUAAAGCAGAAAUUCGUAUACUUAAACAAGAUGAUAAUCAACGGAAAAAAAAAGACAGAUCAUAA